GGUAUUUGGUGUCCAAAACUUUGAGAGGCUGGCUUGUAGGAGUCGGCUUCACCCCAGCUCUGAGACUUGCAGCUCAGCGAUGCCCCCAGGUCUCAGGAAAAUACAGUUCUGCUCAUGGGGACUCCUUUUGUGGCUCAGCAUUGGAAGUGCAGGGGAUGCACCUCCUACCCCACAAACAAAGUGCACUAACUUCCAGAACGCUAAUCUUCUCCGAGGCACCAAUCUCAAAGUCCAGUUUCUCCUCUUCACCCCUUUGGAUCCCAGCUGUGGGCAGCUAGUGCAGGAAAGCAGUGACAUCCAAAACUCUGGGUUCAAUGCUACUCUAGGAACCAAACUACUCAUCCAUGGAUUCAGGGCUUUAGGUACAAAGCCUUCCUGGAUUGAUAAAUUCAUUGGCACUCUUCUUCGGGCAGCAAAUGCUAAUGUGAUUGCUGUGGACUGGGUUUAUGGUUCUACAGGUGUCUACUUCUCAGCCGUGGAAAAUGUGGUUAAGCUGGGACUUGAGAUCUCCCGUUUCCUCAGAAAACUUCUGGUGCUGGGUGUACCGGAGUCUUCAAUCCACAUCAUUGGUGUUAGCCUGGGGGCCCAUGUUGGGGGCAUGGUGGGACAUUUCUACAAAGGCCAGUUAGGACGGAUCACAGGCCUGGACCCUGCUGGACCGGAGUACACCAAAGCCAGUCUGGAGGAGCGCCUGGAUCCUGGAGAUGCCCGCUUCGUGGAGGCCAUCCACACAGAUGCUGACAAUUUGGGUAUCCGGAUUCCUGUUGGACAUGUGGACUACUUUGUCAAUGGAGUCCAAGACCAACCCGGCUGUCCCACCUUCAUUCAUGCAGGCUACAGUUACCUGAUCUGUGAUCACAUGAGGGCUGUGCACCUCUACAUCAGUGCCCUGGAGAAUUCCUGUCCACUCGUGGCCUUUCCCUGUGUCAACUACAAGGCCUUUCUUGCUGGACAAUGUCUGGAUUGUUUUAACCCUUUUCUGCUUUCCUGCCCAAGAAUUGGGCUGAUGGAACAAAGUGGUGUCAAGAUAGAGCCGCUUCCUAAGGAAGUGAAAGUCUUCCUCUUGACCACUGCCCGGGCUCCGUACUGUGUAGUCUACACAAAAUUUAUGGAACUGAAUGCCCUAAAAGAGGGCUGUACUUCCAGUAGACCUAGACAGGAACUCCAGGGGAAAGGAGUCAUAGCUCACGCCACCCCUCAGUGCCAGAUAAACCAAGUGAAACUCAAGUUUCACUCUUCCCACCGAGUUUGGAGAAAAGACUGGACCACCAUUGUUGGGAAGUUCUGUACUGCUCCUUUGCCGGUCAAUGACAACAAAGAGAUGGUCUGCUUACCUGAGCCAUUGACCUUACAAGCAAGUGUGACUGUUUCUUUUGACCUGAAAAUAACGUGUGUAAUAGUAUAAGCCUGGACAGGAUACAUCUCCCUGGACUUCAGAGGAGGUUGGGUAGCUAUGUUCAACUUAUUCUAGGCCAUUACUACUAGAAGGAAGGCAAAACUCUUGAUUAUUUCCCUCAUAGU